AUGAAAUCCGCGCACGUGUACAAGACAGGCGACAAAGACUUCGAAGUCCGAAUCCAGGACGUCGACGUUCCCUCUCCGGAACCGGACCAAGUCCUAGUCAAAGUGGUCGUGGCCGGCACCAACCCCAAGGACUGGAAGUAUCCGAUCUUCUUCAAGGGUCGAGACGGGCUGAACACAGGCGACGAUGUGGCCGGGUACGUCGAAGCCGUGGGAUCCAACGUGACCGAGUUCAAGCCUGGCGACCGGGUCGCGGCGUUCCAUGAAAUGGGCAAACCGUAUGGCGCGUUUGCAGAGUACGCCAUUGCUCCGGAGAAGACGACGUUCCAUCUGCCCAAGUCGACGUCGUUCGAAGAGGGCGCCACUAUCCCCUUGGCUGCCAUGACGGCCGUCGUGGGGCUCUAUGCCCGUCUGGGUCUGCCGGAGCCUUGGGUUAAAGUUUCUCAAGCGCGCAAGGACGCCGUGGCCGGAGGCGUCGUGGUGUACGGUGCCGCUGGAGCUGUGGGCGCAUUUGUCGUCAAAUUGCUCGUCAGAGCGGAUAUUCACCCUAUUAUUGCUGUGGCUGGUCGCGGAAUUCCGUUUGUUGAGGGACUGAUCGAUAAGUCGAAGGGCGAUGUUAUCGUUGAUUACAGAGUAGGCGAUGAGAAAGUCGUCGAGGGUAUUCGCAACGCUGUGCCAAAGGGACAGAAGCUGCUGUAUGCCUAUGACGCUACCAGUGAGAAGGGGAGCUAUCAGAAUAUUGUCAAGGUCUUGGACCCGAAUGGUCAUAUCACUACAGUGCUACCGCCGGUCAAGGAUGCUAUUCCUGAGUCGGUCCAUGCUACCUUGACCACGGUCGGCUCCGUGCAUGGUACACCGGACGACUUGGAAGAUCUGGGGUAUGCUUGGUUCCGCCUGUUUAGUUUGGGUCUCAAGGAGGGUUGGUUUAAGGCUCAUCCGUUUGAUGUCGUCCUGGGCGGCUUGGGAGGUGUGCAGACCGGCUUGAAGAAUUUGCAGAACGGCAAGGCGAGCGCCGUCAAGUAUGUGUAUAGGAUCGAGGACACUGAGGGGGUCGGCAGAAGCAAAAUUUGA